AUGUUCGGCUCGAAGUUACGUUCAUGGAUGGAAAACCACAUUGGGCGCCCGCGUAAGAAGGGCGCCAAAAAUAAAACUACAAACAGCAAUACUGUCAGUGCCGCCACUGCCGCGGGCUGCAGUCAUGAGGCAUAUCAGCAUCACGUUGGCAGCAACAAGAAGAUUUCCAGCAACAAUUCGAGCGCAAUUUUUACGCUUCAUCACGCGCGCAGUAACGGCGCGUCUUCCACGUCACCAUCAAUCACUGCCAACUCGUCCGCAUCCGCGGCGCCGACAAUGACGACAGUAAUGGUUUCGCCCAGCACGAUGUCCUCAUUCGGUGCUAAUCAUCACAAUGGUGGAGGUGGCGGUGGCGGUGGCGGUUGUGGCAGUGGUAGUGGAAGCGGUUGCGGCAGUGUCAUUGCUAGUCCGGUCAGGCGUCGUGAAGUCUCGCCUAUUCAAGGCCAUACGCAGAGUCGUUACGGUUGGCAGUCACCGGACCAGGAGACAAUCACUUCACCGAAAUCCGACAAUUUCCUAUAUGCGCCACAACAUCGCGUACGCAGCCAAUCGCAUCACACAAAUCACCAUCACCAUCAACUGCAGCAACAUCAACAACAACCUCCUUAUACAGUGCCAAAUAGUAAGGAUAAUUCAAGUGAUGAUCGUUCAUUGCAAGCAAGGUCAUUCACACAAUCGUACGGUCACCAUAUGCCAUCACAACAGCAACAACCCUCACAGCUGCCGCAGAAUACAGUACAACAUCCCGCCGAUUGCUCUUCGUCAUCAAUUUCGUCGCUGUCGUGGUCCACUGGCUCUAAAGAGCCUUCCAUGAACUCAAGUGGCAACAACAACAGCAAUAGUAAAGCUGGUCACAACAAUUGCAAUAAUAAUAGUACGUUUACAAAACCUCUCCCUACACCCGAGGAACAAGAUAACAGUACCACAGAAUUGCGACAUUUCGAAGAGGAGGAUCCAAAUACCGUUCAUUAUGAGGAGAUCCGCACUAUUUUACGUCAUCCUGAUCUUUGUAGUUCUAAUUACAAUAGUAACAACAAUAGAAAUAAUCCUUUCCUCAUACAUGAACGUCCCAAAUCCGAGCAGCUCACCUCGUUUACACCUGCCCGUUCACUCUACGCGGACAGGCGUUCGCAGGAUGACGCAUCCACGCGCUACGGCCGUCUUUUGCCGUCAAAGAUUCAAAGCUGCAGCAACUCGAAUGACAGUUUGAAUGCGAAUGGCUCGAUGACGUAUGUAAGAAGUGGCAGCGCUGAAUAUAUAUCCCAACACUUUCAAAGUUCGGGUAAUGGAUAUGUGUGCCGUACCUCGGGCGAGUUUUCCUCGAAUCAUCAGUCUGGUAAUUUGAACAAUUUAGCAGCUAUGCACUGUCAGCGCUCACGAUUGCGUGGCGGUCGGUUUGGCAAUGGACACGUUCUAAACGGCACACAGCCAGGGGCAAGUGUGGCUGGCGUACCGCUCCAUAGUCUCUCAUCGCCAGAAAGUGCUUACUCUACUGGCUAUUCCACCGACGGUACUUCGCCAGGCGCCAUUUACACGCCACCGGAAUACUAUAUUAAUAUGCGUACCGGCACGCAUUACUUUCCGAAGAGCGUAAACUCGCUGGCCAUCGAGGCUCAGCGGUACAAAUUUGGGCUGAACAAAAUAGAAGAAAUGUCUCCCAUAGAUCCUAUGCCGAAGACUUCAUUCGCCAAUGCUUCCACUCUAUACAAGCGCGCCGAUUCGUAUGAUAUGGGCCAAGGUUGCAGCAACAACAACGGCACGCAUCAUGAACCGUUCAUACCAUUAGAUGCGCCACAUGCCAUCCAACAUCCUGAAAGUGUUGGACGACAUAGUCCCUUACCGUUACGUAACACUAUUGUUUUGCCCACCUUGAAGGGUUUUGAAUCGCCCUCCCCUAGACAACGUUGUCGCAUACGUACGAAUCCGUGGUAUCUCACAAUGGAAGCAAAUGCACCAGCGACAGGAAGUGUAAGCGUACAGAAUGUGUUAGCAUUUUUGCCACCACCGCCACCAACACAACCGCCGCCAACGGCGAUGUCAACAACAUCUGACACGUCGACGAUUUCCUCGUCAGCGCACUCAACGAGGCUGCCUGAGGCUGUCGGCACGCCUCCGCGCCAUCAGAAACCGGGUAAGAUGACGACAAGUGGAAGUUCAGGAGGUGGGCGAAGGGAACUUGAUGCCGCAAGCACGUCGUCAUCUGGAAAAAGAUCCAGUAAUGCAACAACGGAUGGACGCCGGGUAGUGCAACACAUCCAACAGUCAAGUGACAUGAACAAUGCUGGCAAGGUAUCUGCAGGGUAUGAGUCGACAGAGAGCUCUUCGUCUUUGACUGAAGUGGAAAAUAUGCAAAGGAACUACACACCCAACACUGUGCGUCGUAAGCGUGCAGAGCAAUUGCAGAUGAAGGUAGGCCAGCCUCUAGCUGCCGUGCUGGCGACUGUGUGCGUUGUAAGUGAUGAGCGUGCUGGAAGCAACAGGGAGCCGAUAUUAAGUGAUGAUGAUGCCACACUGAACGAGAUGAUGGGAAAAUUUGAUGAGAGUUACGUGUAUGAGAAGGAGACUGAUAUACUCAGCAGUGAUUCUGACCAAACGGAUUGUCCCUCCGACUUAGACACCGGACAGGAUGCUGGCGAUGAGUGUGAUACUGACGAGCUGCUCGACAUAGACUUUAUUGAUACCUCAUCUAUGCAGGAGGUUUCUGAGCGUAGAGGCUCAGACUGCAAUUUGGGCAGUUGUUAUUACUACAACCAGAGUCCAAAGUCGGUGCACCAGCACAGUGGAAAACGCGCAUCUGUUCGAUCGCGCAGAAGUUCAAGAAGUUUGAAAAAUGGCCAAGAGGAAAGCCAUGCAGUCAUGGCUACUGGGAGUAGUUCACAGCGACGGCGUAAGCGCUUUCUGAAGACACGCAAGAAGAGUGCCGAAAAUCGUAACGAACAACCGAAUUCGCCACACAAAUCUCGAAAGUCGCGCAGUGUAGGUGGUACGCCGGUGUGCGUGCGCAGACAAAGACAUAUCACAGCAAAGAAUAGGAUUUAUGAGACUUCGCCGCUUACAAAUAGAUCCAGCUCACUGGUGUUUACAGACGUACGAGACACUAAACGUUUUAUGACAAUCGCGGAGAGUGAACGGGCUUUGUUGAAAGCAGAUUUGGAGGCAGAUGUUAAGUACAGACAACUCAUACAAGAAGCUGAAUCUCUACUAGUCUCUAUGAAAAACAGUAUGCAAAGCAUACCACGUGACACACCCGUCUCAAGUCCACGACGAGUCAAUCCUCUGGCCAACAAGCGAGUAGAAAUGUUAAAGAACUGUGAAACAGAAACACGCCGCGAACAGCUUAAGCAAGCGCAGCAACGAUCUUUGGAUGCUAUCCAUUUAGAAAAGCAACAGAAACAGAAACAACAAGAGUUGGCGGCCGCUAUUAAUCGACGCAUAGACCUACUGCGACAUGCACCUGCGUCAGCACCUAAUAGUCCACGUUUCAGUCGCUGCAGCCCAAGGAAAACCCACAUAACGAAUUUCAUCAAUCAAAAUGUGCCACCAGAGGUACCGGCGCGCAAAUCAGUAGAAGCAUCAAAACCUCCACAAUCCCCACAGCUACAGCUAAAUGGCCGACUAAUGCCACAGAGCGCAAAAUCCACAAUCAUACAAGAACGCAGAUUCCGUAGCCAAUCACCAGUGGCUCGACACAAGUUUGGUGCUUAUUUGCGUCGUAGCCAGAACUUUGAUAGUGACUCGGAUUCCGAGUUUCAAAACAAAGAUUAUGACGAAAAUCAACUAAGAAAUGACGAUUACAAAGAGCAACCGAACAAAAUCUCCGAUGUGGAUGCUGUAAACCACAAUUACUUGCCAGAGUUCGCACGACUUUCACGCUAUGAUGAAGCAGAUUUGUCUAACCACAAUGUGGCCAGUUUGAAGAUACAAUCAGGCAAUUCAGCUGCUGAUUGGCAGACGAGAAUAAUGCAAGCUUGUCCUCAGAGCGAGCCGCUGAAGAGAAAGGUCUACAGCGGCAGCUCGACAUUUGAGCGCAUCAAAAAAAGUUUCGAUUUGGAGGCGGAAAUCCCAAAACAAGCAAUGUUGGCAAAAAUACAUAAUUUGAGGCGUCGGGAGCGUCAAAGCUCGAAUCCACGUUUAAACACACACAUAAGCAGUCACGACUUACAUCUAGCAGUGGGAGAAUAUUGUAACGGUGAUAGUGAAUUUGCUGCGACCAACGGUGAUGAGGUUAAUAAAAAGCAAAUGAUCCUCAGCACAAUUGCAGAUCUGAAACGUAGUCUUGAGUCACAGAGCGUCGAGCUUAAUGGACUCAAUGAGGACUAAUGAUAAAAACAAAAAUAAUGAUUACAAGAGUAAAUGUGAGUUCUGGAAUGUUUCGAUUAAAGGAACUGUUAAAUUAACUCAAAAAUAGUACAUAAAAUCCUAAACCUACUGUACUAGUUCAGCCUUGUAAUAUUGUCCAACCAGCCAGAAGAUUUAAAGCAUUAUCUCUGUUUCCUUAAAUACGCCAAACACUAAAUUUUACUUUUAUUUUUUAUUUAAUUUUUUCGAACUCAAAAUAUUUACGUUGUUAGACAAUAUUCGAUUCAAAAUAUUAAAUUUAUAUAACUUUUUCCCCAAUGUGUUACGAGACGCUUGCAGGGCUUGGUUGUAUCGAGUUUCCCUCUACAUUCAACCUGAACAUUGGUUAACUCUCUAUAAAAACCAAAAUCAAAAA